AUGGCGGAGGGCGGUGUAGCUCACCCGGGCGAAGACCGGGGUGAGGAGGAGACUGCGGCUGCCCCGGUCGCGGCCCCGGUCUCGGCCCCGGUCUCGGCCCCGCCGACCCCAGGUGGGCAUCGCCAGGAGAAGAGACCCUCGGGGUCGCGUGCUGGGCCCAGGCCUCCCACCGCCCGCGAUUUGCAGUUGGCCUUAGCAGAGUUAUACGAAGAUGAAGUUAAGUGCAGAUCAUCAUUUCAAUCUGACAAACCCAAAGCUAAAGUAUUUAAAAGCCCAAGAACACCACCUCAAAGGUUAUACUCAGGUGAACAUGAUUACAGUGGGCUACAUAUAUCAGGACCUUCCAAGACAACUGGAAAAAUUGUGAAUGAACUUUUCAAAGAAGCAAAAGAACAUGGAGCAGUUCCUCUGAAUGAAACCACAAGAGCUUCAGGUGAUGGUAAUAAAUCAAAAUCAUUUUUGGGUGGUGGAUAUCGAUUGGGUGACUCCUCUCGAAAGAGAUCAGAAUAUGUCUAUGGAGAAAAUCAGCUACAAGAUGUUCAAAUUUUGCUCAAACUUUGGAGCAAUGGCUUCAGUUUAGAUGAUGGAGAAUUAAGAUCUUACACUGAUCCAACAAAUGCACAGUUUCUGGAAUCUGUUAAAAGAGGUGAAAUUCCUCUGGAGCUUCAGCGACUAGUCCAUGGUGGACAGGUGAAUUUGGAUAUGGAAGAUCACCAGGAGCAAGAAUACAUAAAACCUAGAUUACGAUUCAAGGCUUUUAGUGGAGAAGGGCAAAAACUUGGAAGUCUUACACCUGAAAUAGUCAGUACACCUUCUUCCCCAGAAGAGGAAGAAAAGUCGAUAGUCAGUGCAGUUGUUCUCGUUGAUGAUUCAGUGCCAACAACAAAAAUCCAAAUCAGACUAGCAGAUGGAAGCCGCUUGAUACAGAGAUUCAACCACACCCAUAGGAUCAUGGAUAUACGGGAAUUUAUUAUACAGUCUCGCCCUGAAUUUGCAUCUCUUGGCUUUGUUCUUGUGACAACAUUUCCAAACAAAGAGCUAACGGAUGAAAGUUUGACACUUCAAGAAGCAGAUAUACUUAACACUGUGAUUCUUCAACAACUAAAGUAAUCUUGCUCUUAUCUCUGCAGUAGAAUGUGGGAUAAAUAAUGUGCCAUAAUUUUUAAAAAGAAAAAAAGCACUUCAGAAAAAAAUAGUAAUUACCACAAGUAUUUUUUCCCAGAUCAAUCUUGGUUUUAUUGUUCUGUCUUCCAGCUCCAGCGUACCUAAAUCCAUUUUUUUGAAUGGAUUUUUUGUAUUCUGUGUUGGUCCAAAUGUAGGCCACACUUUCCCUCCAAAUAUGGCUUAUAUAAACCUGAGUGCAGCCAGUAACUUUCCCCCCCAAUGUUCAACUAUAGAUUUCUUUGAAAAGAAAAAAAAAAAAGGAGGGAUACAACCUGUAUCCAGGAGUAGCCAAUAUUUGGUCCAAUACAGUAAUUGUUCAUUUGGAUUUUUAGACUUUUUUAUAACUGAGCCUUCUUAUGUUUAUAAGUUCCAUAUUCCUGGAUAAAAAAUUAGUUACUCCCAGUGACAUAUCAAUUUUUAAAAAUGUGUGCAACCCUUGCAAAA